GGACGGGGUGAAAUGGCAGCCUCUUCCUCAUCCUCUUCAGCUGGUGGAGUCAGCGGCAGCUCUGUAACAGGAUCAGGGUUCAGCGUUUCGGACCUGGCACCACCCCGAAAAGCCCUCUUCACUUACCCCAAAGGAGCCGGGGAGAUGCUGGAAGAUGGCUCCGAAAGAUUCCUCUGCGAGUCUGUCUUCAGCUACCAGGUUGCGUCGACGUUAAAGCAAGUGAAACACGAUCAACAAGUCGCACGGAUGGAAAAACUAGCCGGUCUGGUGGAAGAGCUGGAGGCAGAUGAGUGGAGGUACAAGCCAAUAGAGCAGCUCCUGGGAUUCACUCCCUCCUCGGGCUGAACGUGUCUGGAUCGCUGCUGUCAGGGAGAAGAAGAAAAACAUUCUCUGGCCUGGCUUCAAAACACACCCCCGUUUAUCAGGACGCUGACAGCUGCAUCGGCAGGACUGGGCUUUUAGGUU